AUCCCAGAGUAGUUUGUUAUAAAGAUAGGCUUGAAGAUGAUUAUAAAAAAAUUACAAUUCGUUCCUUUUCAUAUGAUUCCAGUAUUCUACCUUCCAAAAUUAGCAUUAGACCACUUUCUUUAAAAAGACAAGAGGAAUUGUAUAAAGAAAUUGCACCUUAUGUUGAUUUACCUUACCGUGAUAUUACAUGUCCUAAGCCAGUUGAAUUUAAUACUAAUUAA